CGAGACUACACACUGUGGCGCUCGCUGCUCAUCCAUCGGUCUGUCUCCGCCCACGCAACUCCCCUCCAUCCGCCAUGGCCCCCAAGUUCGACCCCAAUGAAAUCAAGAUCAUCUACCUGCGGGCAACCGGUGGUGAGGUCGGAGCCUCCUCAGCCCUUGCACCCAAGAUUGGUCCUCUUGGUCUGUCUCCCAAAAAGGUCGGUGAAGAUAUCGCAAAGGCGACCGGCGCAUGGAAGGGUCUCCGGGUGACCGUCCAACUUACUAUCCAAAACCGUCAAGCGAAGGUCGACGUCGUCCCUUCUGCUUCCUCGCUCGUCAUCAAGGCUCUCAAGGAGCCCCCACGGGACCGUAAGAAGGAGAAGAAUAUCAAACACUCCGGCAACAUUGCGUUCGACGAGAUCGUCGACAUUGCACGGACCAUGCGGUCAAAGUCUCUGGCCAAGACGCUGGCCAACGGUUGCAAGGAGAUCCUUGGAACCGCGCAGUCGGUUGGGUGCACCAUCGACGGCAAGCCACCACAUGACGUUAUCGAGGCGAUUGACGCAGGCGAGAUCGAGGUUCCAGACGAGUAAUUGUAUGAUCUGCUUCUCACUAUUUCACGCUGCUUGUAUGAUGCACUCUGCGCUGGAUCGACUCGUCCCGAGCGACCGGUGUUCGCACCUCCGCACUAUCAUGGGGUCCUAGGGGAAGACACUGUCAAUAUGCAUUCGCUUCCAUGUACACUGCAUGUCCAAUGACGCCGAAGCUUAUGCUAUGGGCCUCUUGCAAGUAUUGUCUCUGGGAUGCCAGCCGUCACCAGUUCGCUGUGUACAACAGCGAUCGAAUCACUGAUGUGCAUCAAUAACGCCGCAAAAACAAUGCACUACCG